AUGGAAUCGUGCUGCAUUGAGCAGUUUCUCGAGGGAAAGACCAUUUUCAUCACUGGUGCAACGGGCUACCUUGCAAAGAUUCUCACUGAGAAGAUACUCAGAGUACAACCAAAUGUGAAGAAGCUCUACUUGCUAAUAAGAGCUCCAGAUUCAAUUUCAGCUAAACAACGCUUUAACAACGAUAAGACAGUUUUCCCAGUUGCAGGGGAUAUAGCUUGUAAUAGUAUGGGGAUAAAUUCUGAGCUGAAAGAUGAAAUGUGCAGAGAAAUAGACAUAAUUGUAAACUCAGCUGCAACAACUAGAUUUGAUGAAAGCUAUGAUACUGCAAUAAGGACCAAUGUAUUGGGUGCCAUGCAUGUUCUCAAAUUUUCCAAGCAAUGUUCAAAACUUAUGAUGCUUCUCCAUGUAAGCACAGCCUAUGUUUGUGGGGAAAAGGAAGGAUUGAUACUACAGAAGCCAUUGAACUACGGUGAGAUGCUUAAUGGAAGCUCUCACUUAGACAUAGACGUGGAGCAAAAGUUGGUAGAGGAGGCACUAAAGGACCUUCAAGAUAGAAAUGCCACUGAAAAAGAAGUUACACUAGCUAUGAGAGUUCUAGGUAUUGAGAGGGUAAGGCUACAUGGAUGGCCAAACACAUACUCAUUCACAAAAUCAAUGGGAGAGAUGCUUUUGGGACACCUCAAGGAGGAUCUCCAACUCAUAAUUCUACGGCCAACAAUUAUAUUGAGCACCUACAAGGAGCCAUUCCCUGGAUGGAUUGAAGGAAUGAGAACCAUGGACACGUUCAUUGUUGGCUAUGGUAAAGGAAAACAGAAACUUGCAAUGGGUGGCAGAGAAACCAUAACAGAUGUGGUAUGUGAGUCAGUCAUAUGUAUAUAUAGUGUACCUUAUGUCAGCUGGUAUAAAUCAGUUCAUCUACUUACAUUUUGA